GUUCUCUAACCUUUUUAUUUUCUUUUGCUUCUUCUCAAUAACUUCUAACAAAUUAAAAAUGGCUUUGAGGGCUCCUCUACUCAUGUUUGUUCGACUUGCAGCAAAUCAGGAGAUUAAAGCAUCGACGACACAAUUUCAUGAAGUUUUAAGAGCAGUGGAGAACAGGCAAUCCAGAGCCAGGUUCGUCGUCUUGGCUCUUGAUGUGAAUCCCAACUUAAGAAUUCAGAUCGAAGCUGCUUGUGUUCGCCAUGGAGUUCUCAUGUUCCAUGUACCAAGUAACGAGUUAAGAAUUGCUGCUCAUGUUGGUGUCCCCGUAGUCGCUUGUGCGAUCCUCAGAGCUCCUCGCGGUGAUGAAGGAUUCCUGCGUAUGUGGAUCAACAUGCUAAAUACGAUUUCUGGACUUGAAGAACAAUUAGGGUAUCAUCCUACAUUAUAGAGAUUCGGGUGGUUUUAAAAUAUUAUAUUACUACGAAUAAUGGGGCAUUUGGGAGAAAUUAUGUGGGUUUUUAGUAUUUUAUUUAGUUAAUAAUAUGGUACUAUGAUU